GGGACGUGUACCACCUGAACCGCCACCGCCUGUCCCACUCGGACGAGAAGCCGUUCUCCUGCCCCAUCUGCCAGCAGCGCUUCAAGAGGAAGGACCGCAUGAGCCACCACGUGCGCUCCCACCAGGGCGGCGUGGAGAAGCCCUACAUCUGCCCUCACUGCAGCAAAGCUUUCUCCAGGCCCGAUCAUCUCAACAGUCAUGUCAGACAGGUGCACUCUUCAGAACGACCCUUCAAAUGCCCUACCUGUGAGUCCUGCUUCGCCACAAAAGAUCGCCUGCGUGCGCAUAUGAUUCGCCACGAGGAGAAGGUGCCGUGCCACAUCUGUGGGAAGCUGCUGUCUGCUGCUUACAUCACAGAUCACAUGAGGGUUCAUAACCAGUCGCAGCACCACGUCUGUCACCUUUGUAACCGCAGCUUCACCACGCUGACGUACCUUCGUGUCCAUGCCCAGAAGCACCACGGCCAGGAAUGGAAAGAGAGCCCGGGGGGCUUUGGAGGGACGACUUCUGGGGGCAUCCUYGUCUGCCAGCUGUGCGGCGUCCACUGCAAGACGCCCACCCAGCUCCAGGGCCACAUGGGCACCCACAGCACCAGYCAGGGCACCCCGAGCUCCAUCGCCUCCAACGUGGUGGCCAGCAGCUCUGUCKCCCUCAGCAACAUGGUGACCGCCCCCACCGUGUACGUGACCGGUAACACGGUGGUGGACCUGCUGGUCACAGACUGCUCUAGCAUCGCAGCRCCACAGUCCCACAGUUAGCAGCAGAGAGCUAACAUGAGGCAGAGGGUCAGGGUAGAGGAGGUGGAAGCUACUUAGAUGCUGAUCUGGUUUCAGUUUUGUCAGAGUAAAUGGUAAGGGUUAAAGGAGAAACUAAAGCCAGCGCAGCAGUUUCACCUCAGAGGUGCAUGCCUGGAACAAAAGAAGAAAAUAGACAGACUGACGCCACCAACAUGAUGGAUCUCUGUGGCUGCAGCAGCUUCACUGACACAAACUUGGAUGUGUUGUCCAGCUUUUCUUGAAUGCCCCUGUGAAGCUGUAGAUUUGUGAGCGUUUACCGCAUCCCUCUGCCCUCUCUAUAGGCUCUUUCAUGAAACAGUUCGGCAAAAUGGCCGCGCGAACCAGUCUGUCUUUAUGUUGCCUCUGGCCGUUCGUAAAUCACUGCUGGGGCCGGCCAUGUCCCGCAGAGACGUGAGCUUUCAGAAACUGAAAAGAACCAAACGAGGCGUGGAGCCGAACGCAUUAACUACGUGACAGACGUCUCCCUCGUAUCAUUUUCAAAACGUAAUGAAUUAACUCAGAUUAGUGAUCAUCUUUGUGGGUAACCAUUUUUUUAAAUUAAAUAUAAAAUCGGUUAGCAUCAUCAUCGAUCUUCUCUUAAUAAUUAAUCUGUUUAAUCCUGCGGUCGGAUGGUCGUACAGAUCAUGUCGUCAUUAUUCAUCCAGCUUACCUUUUUACUUUUCACGACUGUUCGGCUCUGUUACUACCUCGCUUCACGGCACAUCAGGAGUGGCUUGGCUUAACCCCACCCCAUCCCACCCCACCACCUUGGUCCAUUCAAACGGCCAGAAGGCGUCUCAAGUCCUGGCUUGAAACGUUUUGUGAAAGAGCCUCCGGUUUGAUCUUCCCACCUCAACUCGUUUUGGCAUCAGCUGCUCUCUGCAAGUGCACCAAGUACUGUAUGUCUGUCACCAGCUCUGAUCUUACCUCCAUUUUUGCAACACAGAAUUUAAAAAAAAGAAGAAAAGGAUCCAAAUGACUUUUACUAAGAAGUUGCAGGGAGAAAAAAUGUCUCUUAGAAAACAAAACAAACAUUAGAAUGGAAGUUUGGACUCGUCUUGCAUGUUUGUUUUCCACAAGAUGGAGACUAAAUUUAGAUUUAAAGCUAGCUCAGUAAGUCUUCUCUUAGUAAGAUGUCAAAAGCGGUGGUUUGGAUUUAUUGAAGUGGGGUUCUGUGGAGUAGUUACAAGCAGUUAGUAUCUUACCUAAAAUAAACCGAAGUCUCAGCAAAAUUA